AUGAGCUAUCCUGAAGUUGAUUCUCCACCCGGUUGGACGACAACAACAGACCUUCGGCUUACAGGAUUACUAGUCUACGCUCCUGUACUUGGUUGCGCACCUACAUCUCAACACACCUACAAACGUUCAUCUAAGGCAAUUCAGAUGCAUGGGGGACAUAGUAUAUUUAUAUGCCAGCAAGCUUGCUUAUUUCCUUAUCUUAGCCUGCGGGACAUGAGCUAUCCUGAAGUUGAUUCUCCACCCGGUUGGACGACAACAACAGACUUUCGGCUUACAGGAUUACCAGUCUACGCUCCUGUACUUGGUUGCGCACCUACAUCUCAACACAUCUACAAACGUUCAUCUAAGGCAAUUCAGAUGCAUGGGGGACACAGUAUAUUUAUAUGCCAGCAAGCUUGCUUAUUUCCUUAUCUUAGCCUGCGGGAGUAA